AUGAAUGUCGCCAGCGGAAUUCCAAAGUUUUUUCCACUACCAAUGAUUCAACAAGAGAAUAACAACUAUGUUCAAGAUAAUACCAUGUUUAUCAAAGUGGUUGUCGAUUUUGCAGAUUUUUCGAAAAUGAUGUUACCAUAUGCACUUAGUCUUAAUCCUGGUCUACCUAGUCAUGUACAGCAACAUUUUAUUAAACAAGAGAUCCAAAGGCGAGUGUAG